UUUUCUGACUGUAUUGACUGAAGUUACUGUAGAGGAUCAUUUUAGCUAUUUUUCAUAUAGUUUUUAUUUAAUUUAUUAAUAACAAAUAUUUUAAAUAUAAUUUUUUCAUGAAUCAGCAGAAUCAGCCAAUACAACCACUUCAGCCAGAACUUCAUAAAUUUCAGCAGAAUCAGCCAAUUCAGCCAAUUUUAGUGUUACCAAACCAGCUCUAUAUAUACUAUAUUCUUAUCGAGACUCCAAAGCAUCUUGUCAUUACAAGGUUCUAAAAUAAAGUAAUUGACCUAAGUAGGACUAAAAUAUAUGAUUAAUGCAAGAAUAGGACUAUAGGCUUUUUUAUUCCCAAAAUAGGACUAUUUUCUGUUUUAUUCCCACCCUACCCUUUCUUCUCACGCAGCAACGAAUACAUACGGACAACUAUUUUUUUCAUUCUCUCUCUCCUCUCUCCUUUCUUCUCUCCCCCUCUCUUUUCUCUUCACGCACCAUAUCAGAAACCAGAUCUGCUCCCAAGCUCUCUUCAAGCAAUAGAUCUGCUCCAGGCCAAACUCAUCUUCGAGCUUUUACACCUCCUGUUCAAUCAUAUCUCCUCAUCUCACAUAUCUCCAGAUUUCAAUACAUAUAAACUCAUCCGUCUUCGACCUAUUUUAGAGUAUGAACAGUGAUUUUAUCUGGAGCUCCGGCGGGCGGCGAGCGGCGGGCGGCGAGCGGCGGGCAGCGAGCAACAAGCGGUGAGCGGCGGAGAAUUCAUAGGAUGGCAAUAGUGUCAUUAAUAAGAUGACAAUACAACUCCAAGAUGGCACUUGUAUAGUAAUAUUAUCAAGUCACAAUCAAAUCUCAGAUCUGAUGGCGGCUGGCCGGAAACAUCGCUGGAGCAUCACUGGAUGAUGUGGCAGAUAAAGCGGCCGGCGGCGACGUCGGUGGAGGCGGCUAUCAGUGACGCCGGUGGAGGGGGGCGGCAACGUCGGUGGAGGCGGCUAUCAGUGACGCCGGUGGAGGGGGGCAGCGGCGACGCUGGUAGAGGCGGAGAUGACGUUGGUGGCACCGGAGGUGAAAUGUCGGCGCCACCGCCAGUGGUGGUGGCGGCGCCCACGUCGUCGGUGGAGGCGGCGGCGGUGGAGGAGUUUGUGGUGCUGGAAAUGGAUGUGGACUGCCAGAGGCUUCACCGUAUGUCUAGGGCUGCUGUCAUUUUUAUUUCUAUUAUUUUAUUUGCAUUGUUAAUAAAUAAUGAUUUAUUCAUUAAGGGUAUUUUUGUCUAUCUAACUCUUUUUAGUCCUACGGAACAUAACCGAACAUUGCACUCCUAUUGUUGAACUUUUAACAUUAUUUAGUCUUACUUGGGG